AUGACCAGAUCCUGGCUGUGUUUGCCGCUGCUCCUCUUGGGAGUCCUGCUCUUGGGUCAGCCGGCAUGGGGGGCACAGGAAGAAGAGAAUCAGCCGGACUCAGGGGACGGAGGACAGUGGCACUGUUGUCGAGGGCCAGCACCACGGCCGCUCACAUCGGAGGAAGAGUACGAGGAAAGGGCGAAACACGAUCGGCUUACGUUGAAAAAUGAAGAGCAUUCUCAGUUUCUCAGGGAUUACUUCAAGAGAAAGAUUACAGAUUACUUUAAUGCGCAGAACCCCAAACAUUUCUAUAAGCUAUACGAGGAUGCAGAGUUUAAAAUCAAGGUAAGAGGAGAAGGUGGCUGGGAAGCCCCAGGGAGGGGGGGGUGUCGCUCUUUUUUCUUGCUCCCCUUUCCGCAAAAAAAAAAAAAAAGUUUGUCCAAAUUAAAAUACACUUCAAUGUUCUAUAUCUGGACAGGCUUGCUUAAACAAAAAAUGCUUUUAGCAUGCACCGGAAAGAAUGCAGCAAAGAGAAUGCAGCUUGAGAUCAAGAGGCAGGGAGUUCCAUAGUGUAGGUGCUGCCACUCUAAAAUAUCAAUUUCUUACAGAUGGGGAAUGAGCACUAUGUGGCACCAACUGAAGCGAACAAGUGGGCACGUAUGGGGUAAGGCGAUCUCGCCAGUAAACAGACCCCAGUCACACCAUUAACAGUAGAAAAAUCAGCAACUAGUGCAAGUAUCUGAGCACCAGUGUCGUGGUGACAGGGCCUCACUCCUCUCAGCAAUCGUGCUGCAGUAUUCUGCACUAACUUCUGGAUCAGACGGAAGAGGUGCCCCACACAGAGUGAAUUGCAGUAAUCCAGUCUCGAAGUCACCAGUGCACGAACUACUGUCAGGCUUUCCUGGUCCAGAAAUGGUUGUAGCUGGACCACAGUCACAGCGGGUAAAAGGCACUGAGGCUACCUUCAGCUGGGAACACAGCUGGUCCGACUUGUGUAUGUUCUGGGGUUCAUGGGGUUCCCUUCAGCUCCCAGUCCUGGUACAUCUGCAGAUGUUGCUAAAUGCCCAGCAUUGCUGACCAUUAGCCAUUCUGGCUACUGAAUCUGCUGGUGUCCCAAAACAUCUCGAGGGCCACUGAUAUUCCCCACUCUUCUUUUUUGAUUCAUUGGUAGGUCUCUCUCUAGUUCUGAUGCACCCGCCCUGCCUUGGUCUCCUCCCUCUGCUUGCUUAAAUAGCAAUUAACAAAAAAACAAAAAACAACAUUAGUUUUAGAAAUAUUCUUACAGGUAUUUGGAGUGAUUAAAAAAAAUAAAAUAUUACUUUUAUGCAAAUGAAACAUAUCAGAUGGUAGAUAGAUAUGGUAGAUGAUAGAUAGAUAGAUAGAUAGAUAGAUAGAUAGAUAGAUAGAUGAUAGAUAGAUGAUGCAAUGGUCCCAAUUCUGUGGAAAGGAAACUGCAAUUUCAUGGGUGGGCUUAAUAAUGGAGAAACAUGACUGGGCAGCUCCAGGAGUCGUCCCCCAUCCCCCCGCCAUCUGAGAACAUCAAGUGAGUUUUUUGUUUUGUUUUUAUAAAUUGCAACCUCCAGCUUUUGGUUUUCUCUCCAUAGGAUCUGAGGGACUUGUGCAAAAAUCUCUCCUGCCUCUACCCACUAGGCUGGUGGGCCACAGAGGAACAGGCCCAGGAACUGGGGGUGGGAUGGGGAGGGGGAAGGCCUUGCUCCCAGUUUCUAAAAGGGAAGGGCCUCCUGAGGGGACCGUGCCUGAGAACCUACAUCUUCUGACCUGGCCCCCAUAAGCCACAGGCUGAAAGGUGAAGGCUGUUGUGAAGAGCUGGGUGAGACAACAUUAAGGCAAAAGAAAAGCUUUGUGUGUGCUUUGAGGAGCCCUUCCUCACUUAUGUAUGUUCUCAGGCUUGGGCCCUCACCUUUGAAGCAGCUACUGGGAUUCGGUUGAACUAGCCUGGCUUAACGCAACAUUUCACAUGGAGAACAGGAAGGCUUGAAAUGUCUCCCUUUCUUGGAAGUUGGAAAUGUGAAACAACACCUACAAUAAUAGACUGGCAAUCACUCAUGCUAGAGUAGAGGACUUUCACACAAGGAGAAGGGGACGACAGAGGAUGAGAUGGUUGGAUGGUGUUCUUGAAGCUACCAGCAUGAGUUUGAUCAAACUGCGGGAGGCAGUGGAGGACAGAAGUGCCUGGCGUGCUCUGGUCCAUGGGGUCACGAAGAGUCGGACACGACUAAAUGACUAAACAACAAAGAGUAUUUUCAAUUAGCAAAGCUGACCGGAAAAGUCAGAGGAGCCCCAAAUCAAAAAAUAUUCAGAGAAUGGAGACUAUUCAAAGAAUAUAUAAGAUUAUAUUGUAAUAAUGACAUUAUCCUAGCAGAACUGAAUGAUACUUGUCUAUAAUAAACAAAUGGAAUAAAUAUACUGGAUGAAUAUACAGGAAAAGUUACAAAACAAACUGUGCGAUAAAAUUAAGACAAUAGAAAAAAGUACAACGAGGACGACUGGAAGUUUCUUUCAGAAGACUUUAUUAGAAAAGACAGGAUGUUAUAACCAAUAUUCAUUUCUGAUUGUUAACUCUUUUUUGCUUUUUAUUUUUAUUUUAUAUAUCUUUUUUCUAUUAUAUUUUUAAUUCUAUUAUAUGUUUAGUUUUGAUGUAACUGUCUGUAAUAUAAAUGUAAGAUGAUAUUUUAAAUCAAUAAAGAAGAAUUUUAAAAAGUAAUAAUGAAAUGUCUCUCCUUCUUGGCUUCAGGAUGCCCCCGGGUUCAUAAUGGAAUUCACAGUGUAUAUGGUGAAGACCAAUUGCACGAGGGAUGACGAGGAGCUUCUUAGACCGUCACCACGCGGCCGCAUCAGACAUUAUGACUACAUGGGUGAGUCGUCGUCAGCAGAAGAUCUGUCGGACUGCCAUCCUCUGUCCGAUGAAGAUGAGGAGGUAAGAGAACAACCAGUUUUGUUCCACAUUUCUUUUUCUUUUCUUUUCUGUCGAAUAAUUUUUAUUAGUUUUCCAAGUUUUUAACAUGUCAGUGUUAAAUUACAUCAAAUGUAAUGCAAUUUUCCCAUUGACUUCCCACUCUUCUUCAUAGUGGUGUCCUUUCUUUCCCCUAUUUACUGCUUUAUAUUGCAUAUUUCUUUCCAAUUCACAUUCCAUUACUUAUAUUUAACCUUAAAUUCCACAUUUUAAAAUUUAAUUUCCCUCCUUUCUCUCAGCUGUCUAUUUAUCCAUUCCGGCUUGUAUAUUUUCUUAUUCCCUUAAAAACAAAAUCAAAAAACGAAAAACAAAUGAGGUUACCCAACCCUUUGCCUCCCCACCUUAAAUCAUGACUUGUUGUUUCUCUAUUAUUUCUUUCUCUUCAUCUUGCUUGUGUGUAAAAUCUGGAUCUAUCUUUCCCAUCGUUGUUCCCCUUUUGCCAUAUCCAUGCCCUGUCCAGACUGCAUUGUUGUAUAAGUUCCCAUUUCCACUACAGCUUUUCCACUCCACCAUCCAUGGUUUUCAAGGACAACCAUCUGGCAAGCUCUAAACAGGAAGCCUUCUCCUACAAACAAUGCCAAUGAAACCAGCCCGCAAAGCCAGGGGAGAUGGACCAUAAUUCCUUGCGAACUUCAAAACACAGAGUCUGUUUCCCUGUUCUAUGUUUCAUUGAAGUUAUGUGGAGAUUUUGACUCGAUUUUGGGCAGAUGCACUCUGUACAGUGGUACCUUGGGUUACAUACGCUUCAGGUUACAGACGCUUCAGGUUACAGACUCCACUAACCCAGAAAUAGUACCUUGGGUUAAGAACUUUACCUCAGGAUGCGAACAGAAAUCACUCAGCGGUGGCAGCAGGAGGCCCCAUUAGCUAAAGUGGUACCUCAGGUUAAGAACAGUUUCAGAUUAAGAACGGACCUCUGGAACAAAUUAAGUUCUUAACCCGAGGCACCACUGUAUAUUCGAAGAGUAUUUGACACACAUUGAAAGAGCACAACUUGCCCUCCCCCAGUGUCCCGGGUACUGUAGUUCAUUAAGAGUGCUGGAAAUGGGGGCCUCUGUGAAAAGGAAACUACAAUUCCCAGAAUUCUCUGGGGGAAGAGAGUGGAUAGAGAAAAAAGCUUCUCUCCCUCUCUCCUAACACUAGAACUCAUGGAAAUCACCAUGAAGCUGAAUGUUGAAAGAUUUGGGACAGAGAGAAGAAAACACUUGUUAAACUGGGGAACUCCCUCCCACAUUAGUCUUGAUGAUGGCCACCAUCUUGGAAGGCUCUAAAAGAGGAUUAGACGAAUCUGUGGAGGAACAGGCUGUCAGUGGCUACUAGUCACAGUGGUCAUGCUCUGCCAAAGGGGCCCCAUCUAGGUCAGCAGCCUAUUCCUGCAGUGGCCAACUGGAUGUUUCUUCUGGGAAACCAACAAGGCAGGAAGACCUGAGCACCACAGCACUGUCCCCACUUAUGAUUCCCAGCAGCCGAUGUACAGAGCAGGGAAAACAGCCAUUGUAGCUAAUGGCUACUAAGUUGUGAUGAGGCUUCUUCAUCAGGUUUUGGAGUUCCCAGAGACCCUUAUUUUUUCUGCCUCUGCAGGCAGUUGAUUGCCAGGAAAACCCAGCAGCGCACAGUCACAGAUCAGCUAUGAUUCAGGACCCUGGACAGGUCCAAGAGGCUAAGGGAAGAACAAUAAAUAUGUUAACCUCUGCGGGCAGUAGAGCAGGGGUCAGCAAACUUUUUCAGCAGGGGGCUGGUCCACUGUCCCUCAGAUCUUGCGGGGGGCCGGACUAUAUAUGGGGGGGGGGGAAUGAAUGAAUUCCUAUGCCCCACAAAUAACCCAGAGAUGCAUUUUAAAUAAAAGGACACAUUCUACUCAUGUAAAAACACGCUGGUUCCUGGGCUGUCCGUGGGCCGGAUUUAGAAGGCGGUUGGGCCGGAUCCGGCCCCUGGGCCUUAGUUUGCCUACCCAUGCAGUAGAGCCUGCUGAAUCAGGCCAGUGGCCCACCUAGUCCAGCAUCCUGUUCUCACAGAGGCCAACCAGAUUCCCCAAUAGGGAAACCCACAAGCAAGACAAGAGCAAAUUCCAGCAGCUGGUAUUCAGAAGCAUUGCUGCCUCCCACCAUAGAGGCAGAGCAGAGCCAUUCUGGCUAGUAGCUAUCAGUAGCCUUCUCUGCCAUGAACCAGCUGAAGCCUUAUAUAGGCUGAAAUGGUCUGGCAUGUGGCAGGCUUCCACUCCCCCCCCCCAUUUUGUUGCUUUUAGUUUAUAAAUAUUACAUGCAUUGCAUUCUUUAUCCCACCUUUUCUUCCAAGCAGCUCAAAGUGGCAUACGUGGUUCUGCUGCUCCUCAUUUUAUCUACACAACAACCUUGCGAGGAAGGUUAGGCUGAGAUUUUUUGAAAAUCUGAGACUGGAAACUCCCCCAAAGCACCUCUUCCUGGCGGCAAAUCUCUGCUUAUACCGAAUUAUAACUGACCAAAUGCUACUCAAGGGUUGCACUGAAAAAAUCAGCUGUUGCUGGAGCCCAGCUCCCUCUGCCUAAUGUUAAAGCUGGCCCAGGUCAGCUUUAUUGGUCUGACGAUUUGUUGAGAGGGUUAAGGACCCUUGAGACAUGGCUGGAGAAUGCUGUCCUCCCCUCCCUCUGAUUCCUGGGACUUGACCGGACAUUGCUCUGCAAAUAUUCACACUGCUGGGUUUGUUUCAUCUGUUUGCUUUUUGCAACUCUUAAACAUAUAUAAGCCAGAACGCUUCUUUUAAAAACCAGAGUACAUAUUUCCCAAGUACCAAAUGCUGCACCCAGGAUCCCUGCCUGUGUUUGCUGUGUGUAGUCAUGAAUCAUAGAGUUGGAAGGGUUCCCCAAGGGUCAUCUAGUCCAACUCCCUGCAAUGCAGGAAUCACAACUGAAGAAUCCCUGACAAGUGGCCAUCUGACCUCUGCUUUCAAAACUCCAACGAAGGGGAGUCCUCCAUCUCCCAAGGGAGCCCAAAUCUACGCAACCCUUUCUGCCAUGUUCUCAGGGAGAGCCCUGAUAGGGCUUGUCUUUAAGAGAAGAGUGGAGGCAUAUUGAAAUGAAUAAAAACAGGCCCUCCCGGACUGACAUCUUUCUUUCUUUCGUUUCUGCCUUCUUCUCCUUCUGCUUUCAGAUCCAGAAAUGCACGUUUUCAAUGUAUGUUGGCGGACAAGGCGAAGGGGGACGACACCAUGUCGUUGGUCAUCGCUGCAGAGAAGUGAAAAUUGUUGAAGAAAGUGAAGAUUGAAGCCUCUGCCUCCUUCCCAGAUGCUGCCGCCAGCCAAUUGUGGGGUGGGGGAAGGAGAAAUCCCCCCUCCGAUUGGUCCACUCCUUUCCUUCCAUGGCUGCAACACAAUCACUUAGAAGCAAACCUGGUGUCCAAGUCCAGCACAGUCCCCUCCUCCCCAUAGACACUCUGAUAGAUCUCUCCCCCCCCCGCCUCUGUUU